GAUGACAGGAGACCAACAGCAGUUGGUGUUUUUGCAUUACAUGAGCCUUAAUUUGAUUUAUAUCGAUAGGCCUUACCGUUGUUGCACCGUCACCUCGGGUGAUAACUUUUAAGCAGCGGUAAGCAUUUUCAGGCUUUAAAAAAAAAAAAAAGAGUAGCAGCUGAACUUGACGAUAGCUUCUGGUGUCUUAAGCCGUAUUUCGGUUGCAGUUAGCGGCUAUCAGGAAAGGGAAAGCAUUCAUUUGUGGCGGCUUGCUAAAGCUUUCCUCAAGCAGAUUUUCUCUGAGUGUGAAGCUAAUCGGUGUAGCUGUGUAGAAGAGCUCCAACUUAAUUAAAACACAUAAUAAAGUUAGUUUAAGGUCCAUGAGUUAGGGGUCUUGUGGAGGAGAAAGGUGAUGUCUGAGGUUGGGGUUAACCUGCAUGAAGCCGAGGCGGGGGUAUGCUGUGAGCAGCCAUCUUCUUCCCAGGUGAGGAGUACUGAAGGCACCGGGCCCGACCUGCAGGGUCUGGUGCCCGCUGGCCACUCACCCUCAGCAGAUGUCAGCCCUUCACCUUCAGCUGAGCCCAGUGGCUUGUUGUCCUUACCGUGGGAGAUACUAACCCACAUCGCCUCACACCUUCCUGCUCAGUGUGUCAUCAACGUGCUGCCGAAGGUCUGCCAUGCCCUGAGUAAGGUGGGUCAGGACAGCACGGCCUGGCAGCUCCGAGCGCGGAGACUAAUGGGAUCGAGAGCUGCCUUUCCUGUAGGGCCGAGGGAGGACUUUGACUGGCCUGCUGCUUGCCUGGAGAUGGAGCAGCUUACAGCCUGCUGGUCAGGUGAAGCCGAGUGUGUGGCCAGACAAAACCAGGAGGAUGAGGAGGGAAGGGAACAAGCAAGGCUGCAGGAUGGGGAGCCCGGUGCAGGAGGCCAGAACCAUGGCGGAGAGGGUGAGGUAGAAGGAGUGGGAGUGGCGGCGCAAGAGGUCGCUUAUGGUGCAGAUGAGGCAAUGGAGGUGGCAAUGGAAGGUGAAGAUGGUGAAAUGCAGCCUAUCUUAGGCAGAGACCAGCUGGUGAGACUGAGAGAGGAGCUUCAAGACAGAUUAGAAGGUGAUGCUGCAGCACUAAUGGACGAAGAAAUAAACCAUAGAAGGGUUUUUAAUGCAGACGAAGGGCAAGACGCAAUUCUUAAUUACCAAGAAAACUUGGCAGACCACAGGAAUCUUGGUAACAGACAACAUGUAGAGACAAGAAGUCCAAGCCCACCACCAGCACUGGAGUGCCUCACCCUGCCUUCAGGCCACAUUGCACAUGUAGACUCCGUCCUCCUUCUUGGGGGAGAGGGGAAGGUCUGUGCCACAGCUUCCAGAGACUGGAAUGUGAAGCUCUGGGAUCUGGAAGUGGGCUCACUGCUGCACACACUGGGACGGCAGGGUGACUUCAGCAGCCAUCGAGGCUGGGUCUGGUGCCUGGCAUCUCAGGGACCUCUGCUGGCCUCAGGGGGCUUUGACAGCACUGUGAGGCUGUGGGACCUGCAGGCCGGAGGGGCAGACAGGGGCCUCAUCAGGACUGGGGCUGCUGUCCUGUGCUUGUCCUGUCAGCCAGACAUGUUGCUGGCUGGUACAUUUGACAAGAGGGUCAGCAUGUAUGACACCAGAGCUGCUGAACCACUGGUGAAGAGCCUCCGUCUGCAUGGUAAUGCCGUAAUGUGCCUGUCUGCAGAUGACAAAUACAUCAUCUCUGGGAGUAAAGACUGCACUGUGGCUGUCUAUGACCGCAGAGCAGGCAAAGGCUUGAAGAGACUUCGGCUGAGCUCCUACCUACUGUCGAUGAGCUACAGUGGCUGUGAAGUAUGGGCAGGAGACAACAGCGGCAUGCUCCACUCCUUUUCCAUGCAGGCGGGUACCUUAAAGCCUCUCUCCCAGUUUGAUGUGGGUCACACAGCUCUGAUCACCGGUGUCCACAGAUCCCCCGGAAGUCUCUACACCUGUUCAUCUGAUCGUACCGUCAAGGUUCAUAUACCAUGCGCGCCCCCGAGGACGUUAUGUACCCUGAAUUAUCAAGCCGGAGUCCACGGGCUGAGUGUGGAGGCCGGAGUCCUCGCUGUAGCCUCGGGUGAUGUCAGCGUGCAAAUCUGGAGGCCCCGAAAAUAAAGCGCAAGAUCUGGGAAAUAAACCGCAAGACUUGAAAACAGGGACCACGGUCUUUCUUGUGGUGUUCCGUGUCUAUAUUCAAAUCAACAAUGGUAAAUAAAGAACAACGCCCUUGCCUGGCAGUCAGGCUGGCUGUAUCUACAAUGAUAUAAGUGCUGAGUAAACAGACACAGAAGGGUAGAGGCUUGAAACAAGACAGCUGAAGUCCCCAUCAUACGUCUGCUCAGACAAGUUUUUUUUUUUUUUUUUUAAGCUAACGUUUUGGAAAUAAUUGCUUUCAUUUGAUUCAUUUAGUUGUAAUUCUAUAGUGGAGGACAUUUCGGGUAUUUAAAUGCGUUAGUUUAGCCAAAGGCUAAUUUCUUUAAAAUUAUGUCUUGUUUCAUUGCGUAUAUGAGGAGUUUUCCACAGACAAACAAAGGUUUAUUUUUGUUGUUUACCCCCCAAAUGUUUCCACAUUUUGUGCCUCUGCUCACUACUUUUAAAGACACCUUUGAAGAACUUUGUUUUAUGUUCAAACAGCACUGAAACAUUUAUUGAAUCCAUCACGUUAACCGACAUUAUGCAGUAAGCAUUAUUUAAACUUUUCAUGUACAGUAAAAUAUUUAUUACUCUGUGACACACUGAUCAUAUUUAUAAGGCUAUUUAUUUGAAUAAUUCAACAAAGCUUUAUUAUUUGUGCAUAUUUCAACAUACACCGUUUUUGUGUGUGUAGUUUUAAAAUUGUUUAAAUCUUGUUUAGGCAACUCUGACCAUAAAUCACUUGUACGAUACUUGACAGAUGGAUUCAUUAAUAACACAAUGAAAGAAAUGUUUCCAGAGAAUACAGCAUUAAAUGUUUUGAAAAUCGA